UAUGCGGUCGGCGUGAAUAGGUGCCGACUGCGGAGUCUCGUAGAGUAAUCGCGUAUAAGAAUCGCAGUGAUCGCACAUCAUUCAGCAGGUAUCCUUUUGAAAAGUUUUCGAAACGUGCCCUUCUCGGUCAUACGACGAAAGGUCAUUCUCGACGAAGCGAAGCGAGCGGAAGCGAGGCGUUCGUGACGUUUUCUCGACGGCGACAAUACGGGUAUCGGCGGGGCCAUCUCUCUGGGGGAUCAGGUUAGGUCGAUUAUGCGAAAAAAAACGACAAUGGCGCUGCGGAUUUUCGAGAUGCCAGAAUAACCGACGCUGAGUGUUUAUUCGUACUAACACUCGGUCGCACGUGCGAACGCACGAUUCAUCUGCCUCUGUGUUUAACCCCGAGAUAUCAUUCUCAGUGAGAAACGGCAACAUGUCGAACGGACUGGCGUUAUUGAAUAACAACCAACAAUCGACUCCGACAAAAUGCGGAGCGUCCAUGACUCCUGCUAAUGGUAAUACACUGUCGGAGAACUCGCCCAGCGGCCAUGCCGCGCAGAUGGGGCAUGGAAAUUUACCCAAAUCUCAAGUUCUUAAGAGAACUUCAGAAGUAGAUUUAGAAGAUAUUAUCACCGCUAAAAAGCGCCAUAAAAAUCCACAACCAAAAAACGCUGUAUGCGCAUUAAACGAGUUAAAAACCGGAGCUACAUACAAUGUUGUGGGACAAACUGGACCCACACACGCUCCAAUAUUCACGAUUGCGGUACAAAUUGAUGGUCAGACGUACGAAGGAAAAGGACGCACCAAGAAGAUGGCAAAACAUGCAGCCGCGGAACUUGCUUUACGAAACAUUGUCCAGUUUAGAAAUACACCUGAGGUUCACCAAGCUAUCAAUACUUGCCAGCCUGUUGUGCCUCUUGAGCCAGAUUUUACGAGCGACGUGACUGAACGUGAUAACCAUCUUGUCAAUGCAUUUAAAACAUUAACGCAGGAGCCAAAGAAUACUAAUAAGUUUUUAGAUAAAGGUCCAGUGGCAUUGAUUAACGAAUUAUAUCCGGGCGUCGCAUAUAACUGUAUAUCCGAUAACGGAGAAAGUUAUGCAAAGUUUACGAUAUCGGUAACAAUUAAUGGUGAGACAUUCGAGGGAACGGGCCCAAGUAAGAAACUGGCAAAAGCCGCAGCUAGUAAAGCCGCUUUAGCAAAAUUGCGAAACGUCCAUAGUUCUUCGUUUUGUUUAUCAUAUCCUGUUCGCAUCAACUUUCCUUCUCCAGAAAUGUCUUUACCGCAAAUGCUAGCUGACCAAAUUGGCAAGAUGGUUAAUCAGAAAUUUAGUGAACUCAUGGUAACCAAACCGCAACACGCACGACGUAAAGUUUUGGCUGGUAUUGUAAUAACGAAAGGACAAGAUGCAGAAUUGAUAUGUGUUGCCACCGGUACGAAAUGCAUCUCAGGCGAGCAUUUAAGUCGAAGCGGCAGUGGUAUAAAUGAUUGUCAUGCAGAAGUAAUAGCACGACGAUGUCUUUGUGAAUAUCUUUACAAUCAAUUAGACUUGCACAUCGGAAAUGAAAACAAUGCUGACUCUAUUCUCGAGCCAGCUAAAAAAGGAUUCAAAUUGAAACAAGGCAUCCGAUUUCAUUUAUAUAUAAAUACCGCCCCUUGUGGUGAUGCGAGAAUUUUCUCACCUCACGAAGAGAAUGAUGCCAUAGACAAGCAUCCCAAUAGACGAGCUAGAGGUCAAUUACGUACGAAGAUAGAAUCUGGUGAAGGGACUAUUCCUGUGAAGAGUAAUGAGGGUAUUCAAACCUGGGAUGGUGUAAUCGCAGGUACAAGACUGCUGACAAUGUCGUGUUCGGACAAAAUAGCUCGGUGGAACGUACUUGGUGUGCAAGGUGCACUCUUAAGCCACUUCAUCGAGCCAAUUUACUUCCACAGCAUUGUCCUUGGCAGUCUCUUAAAUCCGAGUCAUAUGUACAGAGCGAUAUGCGGUCGCAUUGAGAACACUAUUCAGGGUUUACCACCGCCAUAUAGACUUAAUAAACCUUUAAUGAGUCUAAUUACAUCUAAUGAGAUCAGACAACCUGGAAAAGCGCCUAAUUACAGCGUCAAUUGGACACUCGGACAAAACGAAGCCGAAGUCCUAAGUUGCACAACUGGCAAAGAUGAAGUAGGGAAACCUUCUAGGUUAUGUAAACAAGCAUUCUUCAAGCGGUUCUUUAAUCUCUUACGUAAUCUUCCGACUAUAGAUAAUGUUGACGAAGAAGGUUGUCGUCUGUACUUGGAUGCAAAAUCUUUAGCACAAGAUUACUCCCUUGCCAAGACUCAAUUGAAGGAUGCUUUCACGAAAGCACAGCUUGGAACUUGGGUGAAAAAGCCGCAAGAACAGGACGAGUUCUAUGUCGAUAUCUGACUAAAUCAGAGUAACAGUAGUAUAACAAAAAAUGCAAAAAGUCCACUUGUCGGAUACGUAGUUCCUAGUGCAAAAUAGAUGGCUCGUUCGGCGUGUCAUGAUAUGGCAGAAUUUGGUAUCAGUAAAGCAUAAAUCGUAGGAUCUCAUGCAUGUGUUCUUUUGCGCCCUAUGAUCUCGAUAUAUUUACCGUGUUCCGAAUGUAUUACGAAUUAUCGAUAAUUAUUAAUAAUUUCGUUGUGUACGGUGUAGUCGAUAGGAAGAUUUGCAUCAAAACUUGCAUUAUUUUGACUUAUUAAUAGCAAUAAAUAUUGUUGACAAAAAGUCGAUUCAGCACAUAUCUAUGCGGAAUUCCGUAAUAUUAGCAACUUACAACGUAUUGCUUCUCAUCAUUUUUCUAAUUUUGCUGCACUAUAUAAAACAGCUGAAAGGACAUAUUUGAUAAAUCUGUAAUCUUUUCAUGUGAGAAAAUUUUGUCAUGUUAUCGACAUUCCUGUAUUUUACUCUUUGUCCAAUGAUAUACUUGCAUAAACUAUAUGGCUAAUUGGUCAUAAUUUCGAAUAUAUAGUUUUGAAUUCGAAAUAGCUUUAAGAGGCAAACAUUAGUGUCUUAAAUAGGCAUUGUACCUACGACGUCCCCAGAUAACAUUCUACGUCAGACGUACGCAAAUUUUACAAGUAAUCGCAAUCUUUUUUUUUUUUUUUUCAACAAAAUUAUAAUUUGUCGCUUAGUGUAAUGCAUCUAACACUUAUACGCACGUGACAUGACAUGAACAUCCAUGUAUCAUAUACUGUGAACAUAUCCUUGCGUAAGUGUGCAGGCAAGUUAGCGGCGUCGAUCACGAUCUUGCGUGUUUCUAUCUCGAAAUAUCCAAAACUCAGAAUUUUAUUUGUGAGUUCACACGAAAUGCUAUCUGGGAUCUUUUUGUAGGGCAUUAGGUAUCAUAGCAACGAAUUAAGUUGCACUUUGCAUCUUCAACGGCUGUGAUUGGAUUCAGAUCUGACAAAUGAUCUUAAUCGUAAAAAGUAUUGCAAAAUUCAGCGAAAAUGGCAGAAGGACAGAAUUUCUUAUAAAUGUUUGCAUAAUAAUUGCAACUUUUUAUUACAUUAGCAAUUUAUAAUUUUGUUUAUCUAUUAUUAUUCUUACUAGAAUCGGAAAUAUUAUUUCUGCUGUACAUUCGGAAAUAUAACUUCAAUGAUUACCUUCCGAUGUUUACAGCGAAGAUUGUAUUGCGCAAAAAUAUUUACAGUGAAUUAAAAACGCAUUGCAGAUAUUCAAUAUUAGAAUUAUGAUAGAUAUUCGUAUGCUUUGUUGUACAAUCCUAGUUGCGUCGAUCAGAUAAAUUUUUAUCAAGGAAUUAUAAAAAAAAGGUGCAUAAUUGAAAAUGAUGACUGCGAUUACAAUCAUCUUCUGUAUUUAAUAAAAAAAAAACUGUUUUAAAAAUUAUACGCUUUAAAACAAUACACUAUUCUUCGCGAGCAGUAAGAUCUGAAACGACGAAAAUUAGCUCUUUCAUAUUCAGUUUCAUGCAAAAACCAGCAAUGUCAUAUAAAAAUGCUCAUAUAAAAAAACUUGAGGCAAUAAAUAACGAAACGUAAUUUUAGAGCACAUGCACUUUUUUAUUAGAUUCUGUGAUAGGAUUUUAUCUGACUUUCUAAAUUAGGAUCUUUUUUUAUAUGUAUGUCAACUUGCAACUGUCCGCAGCCCGUUCAAUGUAAUGAUUGGUUAUUACUCUUUCUAUACGUAUAUAUUAAAUAUACGUGUACAGGAGUUUUAAACAAUGCAAGUGAUUGGUGGUAUAGAAAGAACACAAUAAUAAUUACUUACGUGACGUGAAUGAUUACAUAGUUUUCCAGAUAAAUAUGUUAAUAAGUACUCAUAGUAUAUUUAGAGAGAAUCCUAAGGUCAUUGCCUCACUGUGCCAGUAUUAACAUCGUGCAAUUCUGCCGUAGUGACACACUGCCCGCGUCGGUCCAGUUUUGCAUAAAGAACUUAUUUAAUAUGGUUUAAUGUGCAAGGAAAAGCCAACAAAAAUCCGUAUUUUAUAAUUGUCUAAGUAAUCAUGUUAAAUUAUAAGUCUGCUCUUAUUUCGGCCAAAUAUUUUCUAAAAGACAAACAGAUUUUUUGUUAAGCGUAUGUCACACACGCAAUUGAUUUUAUACCGACCGUCAAAAAUUUUUUUGUUUUACGUUUCUCGUAAAACUUAUAAUAUAAUGAGCUAAUAUACUGACGAGAGAUUCUCGUGUAAAGAUUAUUGGAGCAUUUGAAAACGUUGCCAAGGAGUAGCUUACUCAUUUACUUUUUUAAAUGUGAGAUACAUUCCAUUUCUAUUUCGUUUCUGUGGUUCUUAUUUCCAUAAAAUAAAUUGCGUGUGACGACGAAGUGUUUGGCUCACGUAUAUUGUAAUCGUUAUGUGAUAUCAACCGUGUAUUUGUGCCAAGCGCAAUACGCAUCAACAGCUCAAUGAAUUUUGCUUUGUCUUCUCCUCAUCUGUUUUCUAACAGACAUUUUAUCGACAAAACAAUAUAGUCAAGUAUUCAAUAGUGAAGGUGGAAAAAAUUAUUUAAUAUGCGCUAUGUCACGCAAAUAAUUAUCAUACUAUCUACAGAAAGAAUGCUUCGAUAUAUCCUCAUCAAUAUAAUUUUGUUUAUUUUCCAGAGA